UCAUCUUCACCUUUCCUCAUUUAGACGCCAGCAAUUUGUUUCUUUCAAAUCCCGCUGUUCACCACUACGGCGUGUCGUCGUCAGCAUCGUCUUCUUCUGCGGUGACGUCAUCUGGGUUUAAGAAUGAAGAAAGCCGUAGACUCCGGUUCCCCAUUCAGCCAAUUACCAGACGAUAUUGUUGUUCAGAUUUAUAACAAAAUAAUGGAUUUGAAAACCCUAUGCUAUUGUCAACUCAUUUCUAAACAUUUAGGUUCGAUGGUCUUUCAGGCUGACACUAUUUCAUUCAAUGUUCCUCUUCCAGUUGACUAUGAAAACAUGAAUACUUGUAAUGACAUAAAACUCGAAUUCGAUUUAUUUUGCUUACCCGAUCAAGAGGAGUCCUCCGCAAGUGAUCUUGAUUCUGAUCCUGCUCCUGUUUUAGGAUCAGAUUCCUUUGCGUCUGCCAUUAAGUUUAUCAAGAGGUUUAUGAAGCUAAAGUCUAUGUGCUUCCCGUCUUAUGUUAAUGUUGUGCCUGAUGGCGUUUCUUUGUUCAAGUGGAAGAUUGAGCUUGGUACUAGAGUUGACUCGUUGGUAAUUCAGGCACUGAAUACGGACGGUGUUUUAGAUACAGAAGAAGAGGGUUCAUAUGAAGAACGAAAAGACACAGAUGAAGACGAAGAAGAAAAAGAUAACAAAUCAAAUAAAUAUUACAAGACUUGCUGUUGUUUGAUGGAUGUGGUUGAUAGGUUAAAGAAGUUAUUGGGUUGCACUGUCGAGUUUCCGCUGUUGGAAGAGAUUUUCAUUAUGGAUUCCAAUGAAAGGGGGUUUGGAACUCUUAGUGGUGGAGAAAUUGUUGAGUUGAGGAAGUUGCUAUAUUCGUAUGGAACUAGUGAGUCAUUUAUACUUGUAUAUAACAUUUCAAUAUUGUGAUUUGCAAAUGGUGUAUGAUUAAGAAAUUUAGAAAUUGAGCUCUUGCUGCUCAACUUAUCCUCAAAGUUAACUCGGGCCAAACAUUCGAGAACAAUGUAUUAUGCUUUUUACUAA